UAUCAUCCAUUUAUUGCAUGUCGACUAUCCAUAUGUACAUAACACAUGUUAGAGCAUGUUAGAGUACUCCGUAUUGUACAUGUGGCUAGGUUAUAAGGUUAGGUAGUUCCACUACUCCAACUUGUCCCACCUAGCACGUGCUCUACCUAUCGGGCGGGAGCUAACGGAACUUCAAUGUUUGCACAUGCAAAACAUCUUUCUUCAUUACCUACCUACCUCUUACAUCUUCUUCAGUACCUCAGGUACACCUAUUAGUUGUUAUCACAUUUAGCUUGCUACAUGUCGGGAAUUCAAGAACUUCCAGAUGAGCUUCAGCUCGCAGCCGCAGCUCACGUCAAGUAUAUUCAAAGCUUAGACACGAAGAAGGAUGAAUAUGAGUACUGGCUCACCGAGCAUCUCCGUCUAAAUGGACUAUAUUGGGGACUGACGGCGCUACAUUUACUGCGACAUCCCGAUGCGCUCCCCCGAGGCGAGGCUAUAGACUUUGUCCUCUCCUGCCAGCACGAAAGCGGCGGGUUUGGUGCCGCACCGGGGCAUGAUGCUCAUAUGCUCUACACGGUCAGCGCCGUGCAAAUCUUUGUCCUGCUUGAUGCCUUAGAUGAGUUAGAGAAGCGUGGUAAGGGCAACGGUAAGGCUCAAGUGGGCAAAUUCCUGGCGGAUCUUCAAAAUCGGGAAACGGGCACAUUUGCCGGCGACGAAUGGGGCGAAGAAGACACAAGGUUUUUGUAUGGCGCUUUGAAUGCUCUCUCGCUCCUUGGCCUUUUGCAUUUGGUCGACGUCAAUAAAGCAGUUGACUAUAUUGCUGCCUGCGCCAAUUAUGACGGCGGCUACGGUGUUAGCCCUGGAGCUGAGACACAUUCUGGUCAGAUCUUUACUUGUUUGGCCGCUCUCUCCAUUGCCGGGCGCAAAGAUUUGAUCGACGCUGAUAAGCUGGGUGGCUGGCUCAGCGAAAGACAAGUCGCCUGUGGCGGCCUAAAUGGGAGACCGGAGAAGAAGGAAGAUGUGUGCUACAACUGGUGGGUACUGAGCAGCCUGGAAAUGAUCGGUCGUACGCAUUGGGUUGAUCGGGAGAAGCUGAUCAAAUUUACCCUGAGCUGCCAGGACAGCGAGCGCGGUGGACUAUCGGACCGACCUGGUGACAUGGUUGAUAUCUGGCACACGUUCUUUGGCCUGACUGGCUUAAGCUUGCUAAAGUAUCCAGGUGUCGAAGCUAUUGACCCUGUCUAUUGCCUACCAAAGUACACUAUAGACCGUGUAUUUGGCAAAGCAGGAUAACUGCACAGUAACUUCUAGCAAAUAUCCGCCCUGGUGAUCUACUCAUACACCUCGAUCCCACACGUGAAAUUUUCUUCUUUUUUUCUUUUUUUUUCUUCCUUUUUUCCCGCUCCUUGGGGCCUCGCCCGUCGGUGGAAGGCUAGUACUACCUUUUAUUGCCUGCAUAACCAGAGCCUGGUCAGAAAAACAUCUCUUGCAAUCUAAUAACCUACUACUGUAAGUCUAAAUGGUAGUUAGGAUACAAGGCAAGAGUAGAUAGAUAGAUCCUGAAUGUCCUUCCUCUUGCUCAUAGUUUAUUUCACCAUGACUAGAGGCAUACGGGUUACACUCAGACAUUUCAUUCAUGUUAAUACAAGUUUCAUACAUUCUAGUUCCCCCCUGGGAAUUUUCUCCAUCGGCAUUUACGUUCUAUUCCAUCUUUCACGAUCUUCCAAUAUUUAGUUCUCGUUC